AAAUCAGUCGCAGUCCGAUAGUUAACACGUCGCGUGGCAAAUCCCCUCUUCAAAUUUCGAUACGGCAAUAUGGUGGUUACAAAGAAUGUGCAAAAUAUAUCUGUGCCAGAGUUUCUAAACGAAGGAUUCUUCGUGGAAACAAUUGAGGAGGGUUUGCGGGAAACAAAAAUAACCUUGCACGAGAUCAAUUUCGAAUGGGGCAGUAAUCCGGGUGACAAUUACUGCUCGGCCAUUUAUCGUGUGCUCGUGAAAUUUACGCGAUGGGACGAUGGCAAAGAGUCUUCCAAAAUUGAGCAGCUAUCGCUUAUUGUGAAAACUAUUCCAAUCACAGAAGAAACCAGGUUUCUAGAGGAUGUCAGGGUGUUCAUCAAGGAGAAGCAAACCUAUACAGAUAUCUUGCCACGGUUAGACAUUCUAACCAAUGGCGACAGAUUUGGUGCCAAAUAUUACCAUUCCGUAAAGGCGCCCGUGCAGACGAUUGUGUUCGAUGAUCUAAAGGUCGAUGGAUUUAAAUUGGCCUCACGCGAAGAUUGUUUGGACUGGGCGCAUUCCACGCUGAUCCUAAAACAGCUGGGCAAGCUUCAUGCUACGUCCAUGGUGCUGGCCAAAAAGGACCCGGAAAUCGUUAAGCAAUACCAACGCGGCAUGCUGAGUGAAGAGACUUUAAUCAAAAGUGCUACCUUUGAGAAUAUGUUUGGCGGCUUUCUUAAAGGCCUAAUCCAAGUCUCAGGCAAAUGGCCUGGCUACGAGAAGAUUACCAAGCAUCUGCAACGUUUUUCGGAUAAUUUCAAACAAGUUUGUGUAGCGGCUGCCAAACCAAAGCCGAACGAUCGUUAUGUGGUACUCAAUCAUGGCGAUUUAUGGACCAACAACUUUAUGUAUGCCUACGACAAUAAAGCUCAGCCCGAGGUGCCAACACGCGCCAUAUUUGUGGACUUUCAGCUUAGCUUCUAUGGCAGCCCUGGCUGCGAUCUGAACUUCUUUUUGAAUACGAGCGUCAAAUUGGAGCUGCUGCAGAAGCGUCGAGAGGAGCUGAUUAAAGUCUACUACAAAGCCUUCCGCGAUGCCUUGGAGUAUGCACGCUUUGAGAAAAUACCCAGCUAUGAGGAUCUACUUUGGGAGCUGCGCAGCCGUGAGACUUAUGGAAUAUUUGGCUUAUUCGCAUUUCUGCCCGUGAUAACCAUGCCGCAAGAGCUGUCAAAGGACAAUAGCAUUGAGAAUAUGCAGGAUGAGAGCUUUAAACAAAAGCAUAUGGAAGCCAUCUAUUCGCAAAAGUUUCUCAACGACUAUCACAAAUGGGCUCUUAAGCGCGCCGAGGAACUGGGUGUCUUUGGCGAUUACUAGACAGACAAGCUCCACUUAUGGGCUUAUGGGUUCAUCAACCUGAAUGGCAAACACGGACGGCUAAAAGAGGCGCACGCAGACAAAGACGGACAGCUAUACGGCUGCCUGAUGAGAGCUAAUUCUUAUGUCAUACUUGAUUUAGGUUUUUAUAGACCAGAGUUCAAUUAAAAUGAUCUAACGUAGCUGCAGUUCUUGAAUGAA